AUGGAAAGUGGAGUUGUUGGGUGUGGUCGCUUCAGGGCUGGAAUUCCAAAUUCCAUUCGCACACGGGUCAGUUGGGGGUGGGACCGAAGCAAAGGCAGAGAACAGGCAGUGCUGUUCGCCCCGCCCUGCGGGGCAGCUGAGAGAGUGGGUUGGAGACAACGGGUGAUAUAAAAGCGCCGCCGGGAGCGGGGAGUCUCUGCUUUCCCACAAACAAGCAACCCCCUCCACUACUACCAAAGCCCUCGCGCUUACCGUAAUUCGCUACCGUACUCACAGAGUAUCGACUUGAUCUUACUGCUACUAAUAGUACCGAGCUUAACACUCCGUACUCUCAACCGCAUUUCCCUGCUCUAAAAGCGAUUUUAGAGCAAAGAUUCCUUCGAAUCCGCAGAUUCGACGGCCAUUUCGACUACAAUGGCCUGCUUGCCUCCCUGGCGGUUCGGCACCGACGACUGUGCCGACCUCUACUGAGCAGCGAACAUCGUCAACGAGACCCCUGGACUGCACUCUUCCAUUCCACAUGAGCCCAAAACGACUGGUCGAUUUGAGCCCAAGAUGUGCACGGUCUACAGUAAAUAUCACGACGAUUAGCUGACAUUAAGCCGGCUCAGUGCCCGAAGAUGUGCCUUACGACAUUUUCAACCAAAUUCCAGCGUCACAAGACUCGAUGAACGAUCCAACUUAAUAAUAAUUAUGUUAAGUUUAGCUUUAAAAUUAUUCGUUUGCCUUCUCUGAUCUCGUUGUACUUUAACUGUUGCUCAGAUCGGUCUCUUUAAUAAGCACUGUAUUUAUAUCAUUCAAACGUGUAGUCAUAUGCCAAAUAAUUCAUAUUGUUGUUAGUUUUGUUAGAUUCUCUUCGAACGAUCUCCCAAUGUACGAAUCUCGAAAUUUGAAUGCGAAAAAAUUGAAAAUCAAUAAAAACUAUAAAAUAUUACUUGAAUCGGAAUGAAUACGAUUUUUUUAACUAAGCAAAAUAUUUGUAGACGGUACGUAGACAUAGCCUGGUAAUAACGUCCAUAAUUAUGACAAGAAAAUAUUUCAAAGCUUCCUCAAGACAACUGUGUUAAAGGGGAAGCUGUUUCAGUCUAAAGCCGUGACAUUUUCCAACUUUCAUAGUAAAUCACGUUUAUUUUCGAAAUCCAGUUGAAAUUUUGAUGAGAAUUGUAGCUUGUAAUCUUUUUUACCGUGUUUCCAUAUGCAAUGUGUGAUAUUUAUCGAUUAGUGUCUGUGACUAGUUUGUGUUUUAUGAUGUGCUUUCAUGUUCAUUAUGCUUUUUAGUCAAUAAACAUGUGUUUUGAUAUCGGAGUUUUGACGACUAUAAAGUCUAAUAAUUCAAUGAUGACGAAUGAAUCCUUCGGUAUAUUCCGCUAUGAUCUGAUGAUCGGGUGCUCUCCAAGUUCUUUGCCACGAAACCCCAACCCAAUCUUUCGCUUUUAAUUCGAAUUAAACUGACCGCACCCAUCCUUCAUAUAAUUACCAGCCGCGCGAAACAAUCCUUUAUGUAUUUUUUGGGUGUGGUUCGUUGAAAUGAAAGACUAGUGCGUCUGAAGAGCGUGCAGACGAGCAGAGAAAAACUUACGAAGAGUUCCAGCGAUCCAAUUCCAUCGACGAACCCUUGAGUCGAAACGUUUUCCAUCAAUCAAUAAAUAUAAAUUGAAGAGAGAGAUACGGCAACAUGUUCGGGUAAACAGGUCAACAGAUCAGAUGCUCUGACGUCGCUGAUGAACUUUCUUUCCCAGGAAUGGAUGAGAGGGGUUUGGGGAUUGGGUUACAACGAGAAGCACGUCAGCGAUCAACGUGAUCGAGACGGAUAUCGGAUUUGACGACAUUAUGACGUCGCAUGGGAUAUAACGUGACUUGCAGGGAAAGAUUUACUGUUAUGUGCAACGAAAAAGUAAUAACCGCUGAAUUUAACUCUGAAACAACCAAGAUUCUUGUUUUUUAACUUCAUUAUGCCAUAAAUGAUUUCGCUUGUAACUAAUCACAUUGAAAAUUCAAUUAAAAGUGUUUACAAUCUCAUUAAAAACACCUAGAACUUGUCAAAUGAGUAAUUUCUUUGACAUCGUGACAAUAGUCAUAUAGGAGUCAGAGCGAAAUCUUUCUUGUUUUUUGCUAUCACAUGUAACCUUGCAUUUAACUAUACCAGAGGCGCGUAAAUUUAAUUUGUGUAAUCUCUAAUGACAAAAGGUUAUCCAUUACGUGUAGAAAUAAAGAUUUAAUCUUCCAGACGCUUCUCCGUUGAAACCACAAGUAUUUACAACGCUGUGCGGACCCUUGUUCUGAAUUUCUCACUCUUGAUCAGCUAAAAAUAUGGUUUCGUUGCGCAAACUCGAACUGAAAGGAUUCAUGCACUUUUAUAUGCACAUUGAACGUUCUAUUUAUUUAUUUUAAAGGGCCUCACCAACUACAUUUGAAUCGCAUUUUUACGGCUUGGAGGUGCGCCUCGCCAAAAGUUGCGAAAAUCCCGCGAAAAAAAUUAAUACAAAAAAUAAUUGAGAAUUUUUUCUUGUUCGAGCUCGAACAAGAAGAAUUGAAGUUUGUUCAUGUUCCAAAGCUGGGAACAAGGCUGUUUGGUCGUGCGGAUCCUCCCAACACCCAUUCCGAUGCUCUUGGGGAAAGGCUGAUGUAAGUUUUUUUUGAUUUUGGCUUGGUUCUUCACAUUUAGGUAGGAUUAAACGAACUUGUGCAAUAUUUCUCCUGUUCUUUCGAAAAAAGCACGAGCGCAAUGUUGAGGAGCAGGUAUUAGACUCAAGGUUUCUCUGAAGUCCAUUUCUUGCCUUUUUCGAGCUGUUUUUAUCCAUUUAGAGGUAUUUUAUAUUGUUUUAGUUGGUCUUUUAAUUUCAGAGUUGUUCAAGUCCGUAACGAUCCGUGAAAAAGAGUUCUCUUCAUCUUGGAAUCAAGAUUCGAGUCAGGCACAUCAUCUGCGUAUAAGGUAAUGUGUUUUUUUACUUGUUUGCAUAAAAUUUAGGUACGUAAUUUCUCUGCUUCUAUGCGUUUAGUUUUAGACUGGGACUUGUGUUCGUGAGUCUCAAUGGUUACGGAGACGAAAACGUGUCGUACACCAUCAAAUUGGCCAAAACCUGCAUGAGUAAUAUGUUUUAUUGA